AUGCCCAAGACGCAGCCCAACCUCUACGCCUUCUCCGGCGUUGACACGCUCGCUCCGGCCCUCCGGCAGUAUGUCAUCCAGAGUCAAAACGCCGGCUUCGCGCGCCACGACAGCUUCAAGGUGGCCGUGUCCGGCGGCUCGCUGCCCAAGACUCUCGCCGCGGCCCUCCUCGCGCCCUCGACGGGCCCCAGCGACACGCUCGACUUUUCAAAGUGGGAGAUUUUCUUCGCCGACGAGCGCGCCGUGCCGCUCGACCACGCCGACUCCAACUACGCGCUGCUCAAGAGCGAGCUCCUCGACAAGCUGCCCGCGGACCAGCAGCCCGCCGUCCGGCCCAUCGACACCGCGCACCUCGACGACGUGCAGGAGCUCGCCGACGCCUACGAGCAGACGCUCGUCGCCUCGUUUGCCUCGCGCGACUCGGUCCGCCUGCCCAUCUUCGACCUGCUCCUGCUCGGCUGCGGGCCCGACGGCCACACCUGCUCGCUCUUCCCCAACCACGCCCUCCUCCGCGAGACGACGGCCUGGGUCGCCCCCAUCGACGACUCGCCCAAGCCCCCCGCCAAGCGCAUCACCCUGACCCUACCCGUCGUCAACCACGCCGUCCGCGUCGCCUUUGUCGCCACAGGCGCCGGCAAGAAGGAGAUUAUGAAGCAAAUCUUUGACAGCGCCGACGGUCUGCCCUGCGCGCUCGUCAACGAGGGCUCCGGCGAUCGCUGCAGCUGGUUCGUCGACGAGCCUGCCGUCGAAGGCGUCGGCUUCCCUCGCCGCUCGUUCCUGUGA